AUGGAGGGCCAUUUGCAUAUAUUGAAAGUACUUGUUAUGUUCAUUUCUUGUUUGUGGGUGCCCAUGGAAGUUAUUGGCAUUACUAGAAAUACCACUGCUCCUGCUAGGCCAAGGGUGGUGAAUGUUGGAGCUUUGUUUACAUUAAACUCGGCUAUUGGACGGUCGGCCAAGCCUGCAAUUAUUGCUGCAGUUGAUGAUAUAAAUUCUGAUUCUAGCGUUCUUAAGGGCACAAAGAUGAACCUCAUCUUGCUGGAUACAAAUUGCAGUGGAUUUCUUGGAACUGUUGAAGCUAUGCAGCUUAUGGAAAGAGAUGUUAUUGCUGCAAUUGGUCCACAGUCGUCAGGAAUAGCCCAUGUUAUUUCCCACGUCGUGAGUGAACUUCAUGUGCCACUCUUAUCAUUUGGGGCUACAGACCCAACUCUCUCCGCUCUGCAGUACCCAUACUUCCUUCGCACUACGACAAGUGAUUACUUCCAGAUGUAUGCUGCUGCCGAUCUUGUAGAAUACUUUGGAUGGAAAGAAGUAGUUGCCAUCUUUGUUGAUGAUCAUUAUGGUAGAAAUGGGAUUUCUAUAUUGGGUGAUGCACUUGCAAAGAACCGUGCUAAGAUUUCUUAUAAGGCUGCUUUUAAUCCUGGAGCCACAUCAAGUGACAUAGAUAGACUGUUGGUUGAAAUGAACCUUAUGGAAUCGCGGGUUUUUGUCAUACAUGUUAAUCCUGAUUCAGGUCUUAAAGUCUUUUCAAUAGCAAAACGUCUUGGAAUGAUGGGCAAUGGAUAUGUUUGGAUUUCUACAGAUUGGCUUCCUUCUGUUUUGGAUUCUUCAGAUACUGUUAAUCCUGAUACUAUGGAUCUUAUACAAGGGGUUAUUGCACUUCGCCAUCACACGCCAGAUUCUGAUAUUAAAAAAAAAUUUACUUCUCGGUGGAGAAACUUGAAAGAUAAAGAAACCCCGAAGUUCAAUUCUUAUGCUCUAUAUUCAUAUGAUUCUGUGUGGUUACUUGCUCGAGCUCUUGAUGCUUUCUUUGAUGAUGGAGGAACUGUUACUUUCUCUGAUGAUCCCAGAUUGCAAGACAGAAGCGGGACCUCUCUGCAACUAAGUGUCCUCCGAAUUUUUAAUGAAGGCCCAAAGUUACUCCAGAAACUUAUUGCAACAAACUUCACAGGUCUAACUGGACCAAUACAAUUUGAUUCUGAAAAAGAUUUGAUUCGUCCAGCAUAUGAUGUUCUUAACAUUGAUGGAACUUCAUUGAGGUUGCUUGGUUAUUGGUCAAAUUACUCAGGGCUUUCUACCGUUGCACCAGAAAUAUUAUAUACGAAGCCACCGAACACUUCUACCAGUAAUCAACAUCUCUAUAGUGUUAUAUGGCCUGGGGAAACUACAACAAAGCCUCGGGGAUGGGUGUUCCCAAACAACGGGAAGCCUUUGCAAAUUGCAGUGCCAUAUCGAGUUACUUAUGCUGAAAUUGUGACUAAAGACGAAGGACCUAGAGGGGCCAAAGGAUAUUGCAUCGACAUAUUUGAAGCUGCAAUAGGAUUGCUGCCUUACCCUGUUCCUCAUGAAUAUAUUUUAUACGGAGAUGGCCGAAGAAACCCUUCAUUUAGCAACCUUGUUAAUGAUGUGGCACAAAGUAAAUAUGAUGCUGCUGUCGGGGAUAUUACUAUUACCACAAAUAGGACGAGAAGUGUGGACUUUACACAACCCUACUUGGAGUCUGGGCUCGUUGUCGUUGUUCACGUCAAAGAGAUUAAAUCUAGUCCAUGGUCUUUCCUCAAGCCAUUUACUUGGCAAAUGUGGGUUUUAACUUGUGUGUUUUUUCUCUUUGUGGGAGCCGUGAUCUGGAUACUCGAGCAUCGGAUGAAUCAUGAGUUCCGUGGCCCUCCAAGGCAACAACUGAUAAUGAUAUUUUGGUUUAGUUUCUCAACCAUGUUUUUUUCACAUAGACAGGACACUGUAAGCACCCUGGGACGUUUGGUGCUGAUCUUGUGGCUGUUUGUGGUGUUAAUUAUCAAUUCAAGUUAUACAGCUAGUUUGACAUCAAUACUCACAGUACAGCAGCUGAGUUCAAAAGUUCAGGGAAUUGACAGUUUGGUCUCAAGUACUGAUCCAAUAGGGAUCCAGGAUGGGUCAUUUGCGUACAAUUAUCUUAUUGAUGAGUUAAAUGUUGCGGAGUCGAGGCUCCGAAUAAUGAAAAGCCAAAAUGAUUACAUUAGUGCCCUUCAGAAAGGUCCGAGUGGUGGAGGAGUAGCUGCCAUUGUUGACGAGCGCCCCUAUGUUGAGCUAUUCUUAUCCAACACAAAGUGCAAAUUCAGGAUUGUGGGAAUGGAGUUCACAAAAAGUGGAUGGGGAUUCGUAUUUCCAAGGGACUCACCACUGGCAGUAGAUUUAUCAACGGCAAUCCUUCAACUUUCAGAAAAAGGCGAGCUUCAGAGAAUCCAGAAUAAAUGGAUAUCCCACGAUAAAUGCUUUGGACAAACCAACCCAAUAGACGAGAACCAGCUUCGGCUCACGAGCUUCUGGGGCCUGUUUCUUAUAUGUGGCGUUGUUUGCCUCCUUUCUUUAGUAUUCUUCUUUUGCAGAGUUUGCUGGCAAUACAGCAGAUACAGCGCAGAAAGAGAGAAGCAUGACAUUGAAGAACCUGAACCUGCACCCGCACCUGCAGCUGCACCUGCAUGUCCCGUGAUUCGAUGCACGAGCUUCAAGGAUAUGAUUGAUUUUAUGGAUAAGAAAGAGGAUGAAAUCAAGGAAGUACUUAGAAGGAAGAGUAGAGAGUCCAAAAGGCACUGCCCCAGUCAAGUUUCCGUUGGGCAGAGCAGUUCACCAACUUGA